UCGGCCGACAAGCCCACCAUUCCCACCAACUGUUGAUGCUUUUCCAUCCGCUAAUCUAGAGUCGUCGCAGCGGCUCUUCACCUCGAUGGCCCUAAUGGUACAUUGCUGGAGGCGACUCGCCGCCACCGGUCGCCUAUCACCGGCGGAUCUUACCCCGUUUCUCUCCCCCUCCGCUUCUAGAUUUUACUAUAAGCCGCCAUACUUGAUGAAGGUGGGGAUACCUGAUUUUCUUAAUAGCGUGGGGAAUGGAAUAGAAGCGCACGCUGCGAAGCUGGAGACAGAGAUUGUAGACUUCAACAAGCUUCUUGUCACAAGGACACUUCGCCUCAAGAAGCUUGGCAUUCCUUGCAAACACAGGAAGCUUAUAUUGAAAUAUACACAGAAGUAUAGGAUGGGACUGUGGAGGCCUCGUGCAGACCAUCAAAAGGUUUAAUCAGGCUUGAUUUAGAGAUUGUAGCAUCCAAUGUUUUGAUAGCUUUUUCAUUUUUUUUUUAAGGAAGCAGCUAUCUCAUAGCAUGUGUUCUGAUUUUAUGUAAGAAAGAGUCCUUUUUUUCUUGUGGAAGUGACAUUGUUCAUCCAUUGAUUCUGCUGUAUACUACCUUAUUUUUCUAUGGAUGUGACAUGCUCGGA